GGGAGUUUCUAAGAAACGUUCUCUAACUAUGAACUACAAAACAUACGGGAUAGUGAUCACACUAUUUCUCCUAGUCACUUUCAAAUGCAGCGACGCAGGCUUUGGCCGCAAGAAAGGCUUUCUUACAAAGAUCUUGAGGUAUUACAUCAGGAACAACCAGGGGGAUCCACUUGCUCUUGGAAAGGAAGACAUUACAUUGAGACCAUUUGACUCACUUCAUCUAAUCAGUGGUUCCCUGACUGGUCUGAAAGGCAUCGCUAUUAAGAACUUAAAUGUUGCGUGGGCUGGUUUGCUUAACGUGAACGUUGAAUUUGAAACGCCCCCAAUGAAAGCACUGUACUCGGGUUACAUAACUGUUGCUUCUGUCAACGUAACGGUUGUGUUCAAUUUAACUGCUACUACGGAUGAAAAGUCAACAGUGUCCCUUCAGCUUAACGAGAAACAUCGAGGGAAACUUGAACUCGGCACAGCUGAAUUGGAUGCAUGUGACGAAGUCAGCAUUCAUUUUCAAGUUCCCGAACAUCAAAAGGGGACUUACGCCGCCAGUGUUUUGUACGAGAUAGCGGCCCUGAAAAGGAGGAUAAGUGAUGAGUGCAAAAAAUUAACUGUAAAGCAUAUUAAAACUGCACUGGAAUAUUUAAACAAAAUGGUGUCCCGCCAGAAGCCCCAUCCGUAUGAAGCAAAAACAAACAAACAAAUGAAUAAAUAAACCUGACGACCUUCU